AGCAAGUGGAGACUUGCAUUAUAUGGUGGCCAAAGGGCCAUUUUUGAGGCUCCAGGGCCAUCUGUACACCAGUUUAAAUGGUAUAGUCCAGUUUGAACACCCCUCCAUAUUGAGCUAAAAUGGAAGAGCCUCUUUUGCAGUGUUUGCUGGGAAGAAGAAGUACAGUCGGUGUUGGGACUUUGGAGAGGAGGUAGCAAUCUGAAGAGCCAGGAACUUGUAAAGAAAAGAAAACAAGAUCUCCAUUUGGGACGUCCAGUAUCUCACUGCAACGUGAACUAAACGAUAAGACUGUUCUACAAUCUUCCUCCGGACACAAUGGCUGACAAUGAGAUAUUUGAUGACCCAGAGAAGCUGAAGAGGGGUCUAGUGAAGGUUCUGGAGUGUGUGGCCACCAUCUCAUCUGCAGCAGCGGUGGUCAAUCCCAUCUUCGGCGUGGCUGGUUCCCUCAUCCGGGUGGUGCUGCACCACGUGGACGAUGAAGACAUCCAGAAACUCAAACGUGAGUUUGGCAGCGUGAAUCGAGCCCUGGACGAAAUCUCACAGCAGAACCGUCAAGCCCUGCUGCAAAUCCGAAAGGAAACGGUGGACAAACAGUACCACGAGGUAGAAGAAAACAUCCGCAAUCAGUUCCGCAAAUUCAUGGAGAUCGUGGAGGCCAAACCUGAGCAAGUGCAACGCAAGAAAGAUGAUUUCGUCGAGAGUUUCAUCAAUGAUAAAGAUGACCAGAACAUGUACACGCUUUAUGAAGGCGUGAUGGGGAAGCGCAAACUCUUCAGCCAGCCCAUCCUAGACGUCUACAUGAAGCAUUCACAGGGUGACCAGCGCGUCAUGGAAAACCUCUGCACUCGACUCGCAUACCUGUUCUGCAUCGGUUUCAUCGCUCUGAUGGGCUACUACGGCCUCCUGGGGGAUGAUCUGGAAUCACGAAACGAAGAGUGGGAAGAGAAUAUGAGGAACGUGCAGGAGAAAAUGCAGGAGGUCCUGAGGAGAUGCAAGUGAUCGUAAAAGCUUUCUGUACAACCAUGCUCUUUAUUGCCUUCGUGCUCCGCCUUUUUUCUCUUACUCUAAUAGAUUUCAUCGACCUGCAGCAUUAUAUUCCUGAUAAUCACAGGUCAUGCUGAAGUGUACACAAUCAUUUCCUCUAAUCUGGGGUUUUUUUUUUUUUGCAGUCACAUUUCUUCUUCACUGAUACCUUGCAUCAGUUUAACACGACAUGACAAAGAUAGUUCACACUUAUCUACAGAAUGCUGGUUGUGGUUAUAUAAAUAUUAUUAAAGUUCAUACUCAUUCAUAAGCAAUCUCAUCUUGAAAAUUGUUUUAAAAAGGCUACAUGAUGAACAACUUGUUUCCUGAAUAAAUACAAAGUAUAUACAGUUAUAAAAUAUAUUCUAGAAAAAUAUUAUCUAUCUAUCUGUCUAUCUAUCUAUCUAUCUAUGAAUGUUGCAAAAUAAAGAGCAUGGAAUUUAAUAUCUGUGCAUACUAAGAUAGAAAUGUCUCUCUGAAAUGUUCAUGUUUAUGCAUCUUUUCGGCACAUUAGCUACAGAUUUUAGUGUGCAUUUAAUUGUAUCCUGUGUGUCGUAAAAAAAAUGUUAGUGCCAUUAAGAACAUAUUAUCAGAGCGUAUUUUUUAAUAUGAGGGGUAAAAUCUAAACUGAAGGUUAUUUUUUUGCAUUCCUUUGACCCUUUUGUUUGGGAUAAAUUAAAACAUUACAGUUGAUGUACAGUGCUACACAUUUAGUCCGACAUGGCUGAAGUUCAUCUAGAUAAUCGUGGGUUUUUUUUUCACAUUUGUUUAUCCAUAAAGCUCUGCAAUAUACAUAAAUGUAACUAAAUUAUGUGUUUGUGUGCUUUUUUAAUGACUCAUGGAUUGUAACACGUUACCUUCCUAAUCAUUAUUAAAAUACAAAAAAAAAAAAAAAAAAAAAACUCUUGGAAUGCCAUUGCACUUAUAACGCUGUACAAUAUUGUUACAUUUUUCAAUAAAGAUACAAUGAAUGGA